AAGUACGUGAUUGUGAGAUCAUAUCUUUGGAUUACUUGUCUCUCUGCCGCAAUACUAUCUAAAAAUCACUCUAAAAACCCUAGUUUUUUCAACCUUUUACAAUGCUACGGGCGUCAAGUGUGCGCUUCAUGCGUCCAAGCUUGCCUGGGAGUAUUAAACCAGCUUCGAUCGCCAAAACUGUGUCCUCAGUUCGUCUUUCAAGUACCGAGGCCGGUCAAGGCGAGGAACCUUCCUUCACUCAAAUGUGUGAACUGUUCUUAGAUAAAGCAAGAACCUACGUUGAACACAGGCUUUUAACACGACCAGAACCUCCGGGCACUAAACGGGCUCCUCAUGAGAACAGGAAGCACAAGAUUCGAGGAAUCCUUGAUACUAUGAAACCAUGUCAAGAUGUGUUGUCUGUGACGUUCCCAAUCAAGCGUGACAAUGGAGAGUAUGAAAUGAUUAGAGGAUACCGAGCCCAGCACAGCCACCAUAGGAAGCCAUGCAAAGGAGGUAUCAGGUAUAGUGGAGAUGUUGACUUGGAUGAGGUGAAAGCUUUAGCUACACUUAUGACGUUCAAGUGUGCUGUGGUAGAUGUGCCGUUUGGUGGCGCUAAGGGUGGCAUCAGAAUUGACCCAAGAGAAUAUUCUGAAAUUGAAUUAGAAAAAAUCACUCGACGAUUUGCAAUGGAAUUAGCCAAGAAGAACUUCAUUGGACCAGGAAUGGACGUGCCAGCACCAGACAUGGGUACCGGCGCAAGAGAAAUGAGCUGGAUGGCCGAUUCCUAUGACAUGACACUUGGAUUUGGUAACUUGAAUGCAUAUGCAUCAGUGACUGGCAAACCAAUCCAUUUGGGUGGAAUUCACGGAAGAGUGUCUGCCACUGGAAGGGGAGUUUUCCAUGGAAUUCAAAAUUUCCUUGAUUCUGAAAAAUAUGCUAACAUGGUUGGAUUGGAACCUGGAUUGAAAGACAAGACUUUCAUUGUUCAGGGAUUUGGUAAUGUCGGAUUGCACAGUUGCCGAUAUCUACACAGAGCUGGUGCCAGGUGUGUGGGAGUCAUUGAACGAGAUGGAAGUAUCGAGAACCCUGAAGGGAUUGAUCCCAAAGAACUGGAAAACUACAUGUUGGAAAAUGGAACAAUAGUUGGUUUCCCUGGUGCCAAACCUGCUGAAAAUCUACUUGAAGCACAGUGUGACAUCCUUGUGCCUGCCGCAAAUGAGAAACAACUGACCAAGAAGAAUGCCCCUAGGAUUAAGGCAAAGAUCAUUGCAGAGGGUGCCAAUGGACCAACUACACCUGAAGCUGAUAAAAUAUUUAUUGAAAAUAAACAACUUGUCCUUCCGGAUCUUUAUCUUAACGCUGGUGGUGUAACAGUGUCAUACUUUGAAUGGCUCAAGAACAUUAAUCAUGUUAGUUUUGGACGUUUGACAUGGAAGUAUGAGAAGGAGUCUAACUACCAUUUAUUGGAGAGUGUACAGAAAAGCUUAGAAAAUCAUUUUGGCUCAGGACCAAUACCAGUCAGACCAUCUACAGCUUUCCAGGAGCAAAUUUCUGGAGCAUCAGAGAGAGACAUUGUCCACUCUGGAUUAGAAUUUACCAUGGAAAGAUCUGCUAAGCAACUAAUGAGAUGUGCAGAAGAAUACAACCUUGGACUGGACAUCAGAACAGCUGCCUACAUUGUUGCCAUGGAGAAGGUCUACAACACUUAUCAUGUCGCUGGCUUUACUUUUGCAUAAAAUAAUUGACACAUAAUAUGAGUCUGCAAUAAAUUCAAUUCAAUUUUUACAACAAUUUUUCAAUAACUGCUGAUAACUAGGGUCUGAAUAGUUUGAUGUGCGUUGAACGCAAGUCCUUUGGUCAAAUGGAAAGAAAAUGGAAUAUCUAUUUAAAUAAUAUUCAAGUUUCUUGGUGGAUUUUUUUUUCAUUUUAGUGUAACCCUCACAUAUGUAUAGCUAGGGUAAUUUUGUUUAACUGUGGAAAGAGUUAGAAGUUUAAAAGGCUUUGCACCAUCACGUGAUAGCAGCCAUGACAAGAGGCUGAUUUACAUUAGGUAGAAUUCAGUUUACAAGGGGGGAAAGACUCUAUUGUCAUGCCUCCUGUCAUGACUGCUAUCACAUGCUGGCGCAAAGCCUCUAUUGUAUAAUAGUCAAAGCUAUGGAAAUAAGAUGUACUUACCUCAUCUAAUAGUCUACUGCAGGGCUUAAAGUUAGUCAGUAAGUCACCAGCCAUAAUGACAGGCCUAAUUAGUUUUAGCUUUGUCAUAUAAUUUUAUUAUACCUCGAUUCUGGCAGUCAACAUUACCUGGUCAAAAUUACUGAUAAAGAAAAAAUUUGACAGGACAAGUUCCAAUGCACCUUCUUAAAAUUGUCUUGAAUGCAAGGCUAACAUGGAAAUACAAAGAAAUGCCAUGGAUUCCAUCCUUGCAUCCACAAUACUUUUGAGAAGGGUCAAUUCUGGUGGACAUUAGAGACCUUUAGAUGCGAUGACGAGUACAAGAACAAGUACGAGGUUUUAACUUUUACAGCUGUAAAGCGAGGCAUUAUCUUUUUGUAGUCAUGAUCAUGUACGUAGAUUGAAACUUUACAUCGUAAAAAAUCGGGAAUCAACUACGAUUUAGUGUUAACCACAUGCACAGGAACAAUUUUAAAACUCGUACUCAAUCUCAUACUCGUUGUUGGAUCUAAAGGUCCCUAUAAUUGUCAGAUGUCCUGCAGUUAUUUUAAGCCCUGUACUGACUAUUUCACAGUCCAAGGAAAAUCACUGGAUUAUCACAUACACAUAAUAUUCUCAUGUACUUCUUAUUAAAGUGUAUGGAUUUAAUAAUUAAUAUUUUGAAAAGAAGAAUUGUGGUGCUGGUCCUUGAUGUUGUAUGCAUCGUGAUUUUAAAAGACGUUCGAAUAAACUCUUUUUCCCAAUU